AUGGAAGAUAAGAGAAACUGGGGUCCUAGGCCAUUCAAGUUUCUGAAUGCUUGGACCUUGCAUCCUAGUUUCUUGUUAGUUAUGCAAAAGUCCUGGUUGGAUUCGCAGGUGCAAGGGUGGGCUGGGUACAGAGUUAAGAUGAAAUUGUGUAGUUUCAAAGCUGAGUUGAAAAAAUGGAAUUCUGAAGUGUUUGGUUGUGUGGAGGAUCAACUUAAACAGGCUGAAGUUGAGUUGCAUGAGCUUGAUUUAUUGGCAGAAAUAAGGUCAUUAGAACCUCAUGAAGUUGUAAAAAGAAGGGAGGUCAAAAACUUGGUGUGGUCAUAUAGAAAGAAACUGGACUGGAUUUGGUUCCAAAAAUCUAGAGUAAAUUGGGCUCAAAAUGGUGAUAGGAACACCAAGUUUUUUCAUAUAAUGGCUAGCCAAAGGAAAAGAAGGAACUUAGUGGACUCAGUGGCAGUUGAUAGGGUUCGCGUUGAAGAUCCAGAGUUGGUGGUGGAGUUUCUUGAACCUGAGUUCACUAUGGAAGAAGUUUGGGAGGCUGUAAAAGACUGUAAUGGGAAUAAAGCGCCAAGACCAGAUGGUUUCAACAUGACGUGCAUCCAGAAAUGUUGGAAUGUUAUGAAAAGUGAUAUCUUUCAGUCUAUGCAGGAGUUUUACAAUAAUAGUAAGCUAGUUAUAGGGUUAAAUAGCUCUUUUAUUACCCUUGCUCCAAAGAAGACUAGUGAUACAUUAUAG